AACACAACUGAUUAGCUUAUUUUUAAGUUCGCAUUAGUGUGUAACCAUAUCAUAUCACCACAUGAGUAGGUGUGUAACCAUAACAAAUCAUAUCACCACAUCUUAAGUAAACUAGACACUCAUAACAAAUCAUAUCACCACAUGAGUAGGUGUGUAACAUAACCUAUCAUAUCAUCACAUCUUAAGAGAACCCUAAAUAUGCGCUGCGCCUGCUUCUCCUGACCAUCAUUCACUUGCUUCUCCUGACCAUCAUUCACUUGCUUCCCUUGACAACUGAUAGUAGCUGCAGCAUCUAAUACCAUGAAUGAGAGCUCAGCAGCGGCCAGUAGUUAUCUCCUCCUCACAUUGAUUAUUCAUCUGCUGCCGUUCGUCUCAGCCCAUGAUUUCCUGUCAGCCGGUUCGUCUCUCUCCGUAGAGCACAGCUCUGAUGUGCUCCACUCGCAAGAUGGCACUUUCACCUGCGGCUUCUACCGCAUCUCCCCCAACGCCUCCACCUUCUCCAUCUGGUUCUCCGGAUCAUCGGAAAGAACCGUCGUCUGGAGCGCCAACCCUCUCCACCCCGUGUACACCUGGGGAUCCAAAGUCGAGCUAGACGCCGACGGGAGCAUGGUUCUAAAGGACUACAAUGGCCAGAUCGUGUGGACCAACAACGCGAGCGUUUCGGACGCUGGGCAUGUUCAAGCUCGGCUGCUGGGCACCGGGAACCUCGCUGUGGAGGGAAGAGGUGGCGCCAUCCUGUGGCAAAGCUUUGAUUCUCCUACUGACACCUUGUUACCUACUCAGAGAAUCACUGCUUCCACAAAGCUGGUCUCUACUAACAGGUUACUUGUUCCUGGCCACUACAGCUUCCGUUUCGACGACCAGUACCUUCUUUCUCUGUUUGAUGACGAGAAAAACAUUUCUUUCAUCUACUGGCCAAAUCCGCGUAUGACUAUCUGGGCGAAGGGUAGAGUGCAGUUCAACAGCACCAUGUCUGGGGCUCUUGACACCUUGGGACAUUUCCUUGCAAGUGACAAUGCAACCUUUACAGCUGCUGACUGGGGCCCUGGUAUCAUGAGGCGGCUAACACUGGAUUACGAUGGCAACCUCAGAUUGUACAGUCUUAAUGUGGCAGACAGAACAUGGUCGGUCACAUGGAUGGCGUUUCCUCAGCUUUGCAAUGUACACGGUCUGUGUGGCGAAAACGGAAUUUGUGUGUAUACGCCUGUGCCUGCUUGUGCGUGUGCCCCUGGUUUUGAAGUCAUCGACCCAAGUGAGCGGAGCAAAGGCUGCAGACCAAAGACCAACAUCAGUUGUGAUGUGGAGAAGGUGGAUUUUGCUAAGCUACCCCACACUGAUUUCUUGGGGUAUGAUAUGACUGCCCAUCACUCCGUUUCUCUUGACUUUUGCAAGAAGGAGUGCCUGCAUGAUUGCAACUGCAAGGGUUUUGCAUACUGGGAAGGGAUUGGUGAUUGCUAUCCGAAGUCUGUUCUUGUUGGCGGUGUAACCCUGCAGAACUUUGCUAGUACUGGUACGAUGUACAUCAAGAUUCCUAAUGGAUUACAAGUGUUGGAUGCCUCAAUUCCGCAAUCACAACCUUUUGGUCCCAAGUAUAGUCCUGACUGUGGUACAACAAAUAGAUACUUCAUAGCAGAUUUUCUGGAUAAGCUUAAGAGAGAUCAUAGUGGAUCAAAGUAUCUGUACUUCUAUGGAUUCUUGUCAGCAAUAUUUCUGGCAGAGGUAGUGUUUGUUGGAUUAGGAUGGUUUAUUUUGAGGAGGGAAUACAGAGAACUGAGAGGAGUAUGGCCAGCUGAGCCUGGAUAUGAAAUGAUAGCCAAUCAUUUUCGCAGGUAUGCCUACAGAGAGUUGGUGACGGCGACCAGAAAGUUUAAGGACGAACUUGGAAGGGGUGCAUCAGGCAUUGUAUACAAAGGCGUCUUGGAAGACAAGGGGGCAGUAGCUGUGAAGAAAUUAGCAGAAAUAAACCAAAGUGAAGAAGAAUUCCGGCAUGAACUGAGUGUGAUUAGCAUGAUUAACCAUAUGAAUCUAGUGAGAGUUUGGGGAUACUGUUCCGACGGUCCACACAGGAUACUGGUUUCUGAAUGUUUUGAGAAUGGUUCGUUGGAUAAAAUCUUAUUUGGUAGCAAGGGUUCAGAAAUCUUGCUUGGAUGGAAGCAAAGGUUUGAUAUUGCGCUGGGGGUGGCUAGAGGAUUGGCCUAUCUUCACCACGAGUGUUCAGAGUGGGUCAUCCACUGCGACGUGAAGCCUGAAAACAUACUGCUGGAUGAGAACUUGGUGCCAAAGAUUGCAGACUUUGGCCUUGCAAAGCUCCUGAACAGAGGUCGAUCAAACCUAAACGUUUCAAAGAUCCAAGGAACUAGAGGUUACUUGGCGCCGGAAUGGGUUUCUAGCCUCCCGAUCACAGCAAAGGUUGAUGUCUACAGCUUUGGAGUGGUGCUACUGGAACUACUAAUAGGAGCACGUGUCUCAAACAUGGGAAAUGAUGAGGAUGUGGAAGCAGAGAUGGUCCUUGGAAGGGUGUCAAGGCUGGUCAAAGAAAAGCUGCAGUCGGAUGAUACUGAGCCGUCUUGGAUCGCCGACUUCAUUGACUCUAGACUGAACGGUGAUUUCAACAAUUUGCAGGCAAGAAUAAUGAUGAGGCUGUCCAUUUCAUGCCUGGAGGAAGAUAGAGACAGAAGACCAACCAUGGAAAAUGCAGUUCAGAUACUUGUUUUAACUGAAGAUGUCAGUGGCGCAAAUGUAAUGGUAAGAGCAACCUGAAAGUCUGCCUCCAUAUCGUUCUUUUGUACCGAGGGCCAUCAAAUAACCUGCAGAUAGAAGGAACAGAAGCGCUAAUUGUAACAUAUCUGCAAUAUCCAUGCAAAAUUUUCUUUCUAUUUUUUUUUCUUUUCAGAAAAAGUUUUCUUUGUAAUUUUGCGAGAUAAAUCUGCCGAAAAACACUGUUACUCAAGUAAAAUAUCAUGAUGAUUUAUUCAAUCAGAGUGCAGAAAACUUUUGCA